CCUUCUUUCCUCCUCCCUUCCACGUAGACCAGACAUCGUACCACUACUAGUUCUUCUUCUUAUAGUAUCGCCAUAGGCAGUAUCAGCAUCAGCAAUAGCUAGUAGCAGUCAGCAGACACCUCGCGCAUACCUCGACAUCUAUCACCUAUUGCCAUCCAACCGGAUCGGAUACGAGUCAGAGCAAUCUCGGCAGCUCUUUCACCUCGUAGCAACGUCCACAACAGUGAUCCUCGCCAGCCUUCAACACAUCAGCAAGCUACACAUCCGAAGUAGAGUCCAUUCGCUACUGCAUCACUUUUGCUUCAUCUAGACCACCUACAUACCUUCCCAUCAUGUCCACCAGCGGAAAGAUCAAGGCCAAGAAUGCUCGCAACGCAGAGGCAGCAAGACAGGGCAAGACGAAGCCGCGGCCAUCAUUUGCCGAGAGGGCGCAGCUAGACAAGAAGCCAGCAGUAGCUCCCUGGGUGGUCUGGGCAUUCAUCCUACUGCUAGGAGGUGGAAGUGAGUCCUCGUCGCAGAUGUGGAGCGAAAGCGGAACGGAGAGCUGAUCCAUUCCACUGGAACCUUUCGAUUGACAGUCAUCUUCGAG